AGCCGACGAACAUCCAUGGUACUUCCUACCGCAUUGUUAUCACGAAACCGGUCGACCAAAUCAUUACGAGACAGAAGACGGAGCUCUGGUGCAAUUUCUACUUGUAGUUCAAUGCAAAAGCCUCGUAAAUUGAUUGGCGAUUAUUACCUUGGAAAAACAUUGGGCAAAGGUGCUUCAGGUCGCGUGAAGCUCGGAGUUCACAGACAUACGGGGGAACAAGUUGCAAUCAAGAUUAUUAGCAAGACGCAUCUGGCUGCGAACCCGGCUAUUGAAAAGGCCGUGCGGCGGGAGAUCGCCCUCAUGAAGUUAAUCCAUCAUCCAAACGUUAUGAGUUUAAUCGACGUUAUUGAUGAUAAUAACUCUCCAGACUUACACUUGAUUCUCGAAUACGUUGAAGGUGGUGAAUUAUUUGAAUAUCUGGUCAGUAAAGGCAAACUGGGUGAAAAUGAAGCUCGACAUCAUUUCCAGCAAAUGAUUCUCGGACUUGAUUAUUGCCAUCACCAUUUAAUUUGCCACCGAGAUUUGAAGCCGGAAAAUCUCUUGUUGGAUAGCAACAACAACAUCAAAAUUGCCGAUUUCGGUAUGGCGUCACUGCAACCUGCAGGAUCUUUACUCGAGACAAGCUGCGGAUCACCUCACUACGCAAGCCCUGAAAUUGUUGCUGGCAUGCCUUAUAAUGGUGAUGCAUCCGAUAUCUGGUCCUGCGGCGUUAUCCUGUAUGCCUUGCUUACGGGUCACUUGCCUUUUGAUGACGAUAACAUCCGUCAGUUGCUGAAAAAGGUCAAGUCCGGCAAGUACUCCAUGCCUGAAAACAUUUCACGAAACGCACAAGACUUGAUUCGUCGUAUUUUGGUUGUUGACCCUGCAAAGCGAUUGACUAUGGAACAAAUCAUGGCUCACCCUUGGUUCCGUGAGACAAAGCCAAGAAAUUUGGCCAGCUUACCGACGCCACCAGCACCUAGCGAGAUCGGUCAACCUAUCAAUGACCCGUCGGAAAUCGAUGACCGUAUCCUUGAAACAAUUAAGUUCCUUUGGGGAGAAGCUAGGGAUGACGCAGUCAUUCGCGCACUCGUCAGCAACGAGCCGAAUAUGCAAAAAGUGGUGUACGUGCUUUUGCAACAACAUGCCGAACGAUACUGGCAAAUGGAACAUGGCGAUGAUGAAUUGUCCGAUAGUACUGCUCGUCGACAAUACCGAACAGUGAGUGACCGGUCUGAGCGCGACCGUCGUUGCAUGUCCAUGACUGAUUCUCGUCGUGCAUCGCACCAGCGGCCACAAACACCCUGGAUGCCGGAGAAUAAUGCACAUGCUUCUGCUGCUGCUGCUGCUGCUGCUGCCAGUGAAAAUAAUACACCGAUCAAGAAAAGCCAAACCUUUUAUGAACGGUUUGUCCGCAAUGUUUUGUCACCAUCAUCACGACGACAAAGCAAGGACAAGAACGCCGAAACUCAGCAACAGCAGCAACCGAAUAGCAAGCGAUUGUCGAUUCGUGUGCCCAAUGCUUCUGAUACCCAACGGAAGUUUGCAGGUGUCUUUACAUUAAACGGCGGUUCACCGAGUCGACGACGCCAUCAUCAAGAAAAAGAAGAAUUGCCACCACCACAACCUCCAGCUUUAUCUGAUGGUAGCACAUUGAGCAGCAGCAGUUCAUCUUCAUCGAGCAACCAUUCCAAUACCAACAAUACUUCCGUACAAUCUUUUGAUCGUCGUGGAAGUGAUCAAAGUGCUACUACGGCCACUCGGCCAGCGACACCAAGCUUGCUCUCAAAUAGCUCGACCAUCACUACAUCUCCUAUCGCAGCUACACCCAAGUCGUCAUGGAUCUCCAAUCUGUUUUUCUUCAAGCAGCCAAAGAUAUGUACAUUGACUGUGUACGACACGGAGAUUGCCAACGUUGUCCGUAUGUUGCAUCGUGUGAUGAACAAGGUUGCUGAUGCACGUUUGUACGAAAAGACUGACAAGCACGGUACACGAUACAAGAUUGAAAUCAAGACCAAGCUAACCGAUUCUUCAAAAAGUCGACAAGUCAAGUGCCGUAUGGACUUCCUCCCGUCUAUUGACCAGACAACAACGCGUGUUCAGUUCACGCAGCAGCAAGGCGAUGCCUUAUUCCUCACAUUGAUUGUGAGACAAGUACAAGAGCAAUUGGAGCAAGAAACUGCUUUACCAACCAUGUCCAAGGCGGCUGUUGCUGCUGCUCAUGUCGCCGCAGCAAAAGAAGAAAUCGCAUUCUAGUAAUCCCU